AUGGUUAUUCCAACAGGACCGAAAGCUUCCCACUGUGGCCCCUUCCGUUCCUCUUCUCCUAUCAACGUCCACGCUCUCUUAACACCGCAUAACCGUGGUCUUUCCAACCACGAGGUCCGAGAGCUCACUGUGCUACAAACCCGAGUCGACAAUGCUAUAGCCGGCAUUGGGCCAUCGCUCCGAAUUCUGCUCAGUAUACCCAAGUCCAUACAGUUGAACAUACAACAAAAGCAAAGGGUCUAUGAUGCCCAAAAGGUCCUCGAUAUGGCUGUUCUCGAAAGUAAAUUGCAGGGUCAGGGAGGAAGUGAAAGCGUUGUCAAAAGGACACCUUCAACAUCGACGUCUCAGCAUGCUGGUCGAACGUGGUAUGAUAGCGAUGGCUGGACAAUUCUCACCCUGCCACCACUAGAUCUUGCUGAGUCGAUAGAGGGGUCUCUCAUAGCGAGAUCUAUGUGGGUGGAGACUAACAGUCUGUUGGCACAGUUGCAAUGGGUACGGGUGAAGAUCUCUUUUAGUGCGGCGGAUCGCGAGACUCUGCGGAUUGAUACAUAA